AAUUUCCAAAAAAAAAUCCAAAAAUUUUGUAUAGUAGAUACCAGUUAUGUUUACAAUCAAACAACACCCUCAUCUUAUUUCCAAAAUGAUAAUGAAAUUGAAGAUAAUCAAUGUAUAGAAUUUAAAACAAAUGAUUGCUAUAAUAAUACAGUCGAACUUUUACAAUUAUCAUUCGUAUGCAAAUAUUGGGCAACAACAGUAAUUCCUAAUGUAGAAUUACCAUUCACAAUAAAUAAUAAAAAAGACUACCAAUGGUUUUUAAAGUGGUAUCAAUUCGGAAUACUCGAGAACAAUUCAAAAAAGUGGUAUCAGAAAUUAAAGAAAAAGAAACCAAAGUAUCCGGCCAUAAAGUUUGAUAUGUCACAAGUUUAUUUAAAUUUUACUCUGGCACCAGAUCUAGUGGUGCCAAAAGAAAUACAAAACAUAUUUUUAAAUGGAAUAUCCAAUCAAUCACCACUUUCAAGCUCCUCAAAUAGUGUAUCAAGUAAGGAGGGUAACAAUAUCCAACAGUUAUUAUUGUCAUCAUCCACAAAUUUAGAUUCGGGUAGUGAUAAUGGAGACUAUGAUUAUAAUGCACUAAAUUUAAUAAAUUGUACAAAUAUAAAUAAACCAAAUGAUAGUAAUAUGGUCACCAAUACAAAUAAUAAUCCUUCAAUAGUUACUACAUGCGCCAAUAAUGGUUUUUCAAAUAGUAAUAAUGCAAGUAGUGUUGUUUCCCCAUCAUUAUCACCAAAGCUCUCAAAUAAUCAUAAGCAUAAUAAACCAAGUACUGAUAAUAUCUAUGGUAGUUUACAAAAUCAUACACAAAUUCAAAGACUUAAGGUAAAAGUUUCAUCAAUCAGGGCAAAGGAAACAGAUAUUUUAAUGGAUUUAAUGAACAAAAACUCAAAAAUGAAAUAUUUAGAAAUUGAUAGAUCAGAAUUAUCAAGUUAUAAUACCAAUGGUGAUAUAAGAAAUUUCGAUAUUGCCCUAUAUGAAACUAUUUCAAAUUUCCCAUGGAAGCUUCAUGAGGUUAAAAUUCAAAUGACCUUAAGUGGUACACCAAUAUACCAUUUGGCAGCAUUAACAAAUAUUAAAAAACUUUAUAUAGAGUUUAUCCCAUCUCCAAUUGGAGAAGGGCGUUGUGAUUGGAACAACUUCGAAUCACUAUUAAAAAAUGCGCCAGAGAUAGAAACUUUAUCAAUCAAAGACUGCAACCGUGUACCUUUUAAUCAUAUUUUUACAGUUAUGCAAAAUAAUAGAUCAUUAACAGAGUUGGAUAUUUCAGAAAAUAUAUCAUCUUCAUCAAUAUUAACUAGCAGUUCUGCAAAUCUUUUAAAUUUAUUAAAUACUGGUCAGUUAUUAAAUAAUCCAAGUGGCUUUAACCACCCAAAUCAUAAUCAUUCAAACCAUACACAAAGCAAUAAUAGUCAUCAUAAUCACAAUCACAAUAGUGGUCACACCACACAUAACUCAGCAACUAUUAAUAGGGUUUUGGCAAGUCAUAUUGAUGAGUUUCCAUAUUUAACAUUAAAAGAGUUUUUAAGCAAAAAUAAUUACAUUCAAUCAUUGUCAUUAAGUUAUACUGGUAUAGCAUCACCAUUGCUAUUAAAUUCAAAUUCCACCGAGUUUCAGUUAUCAUCAACCUCAUUACAGAAACUAAAACUUUUCAAAUUAAAUGAUAAGGAUAAAUUAAAUAUUUCAUUCAAUAUUCCAUCAUUGAAAGAACUUGUAUUAUUACCAUAUAGAAACAGAGGGCUAAUUUUAUUUUUAAAAGGUGCAAAAAAAAUAGAUCGUUUAACACUUUAUAAACAGGAUAGCAAACCAACCAAAUCAUGUUUCGAAAUGGAUGAAUUAUUUAAAAAUAUUAUGAACAACUCUCAUCUCAAAGCCUUUUACAACCACUUUUAUUUACCUCAAACUAAUGCAAUCGAUUUAAUUAAGAAAAACCACCCAUCAAUUACCAAUUUUGUUCAUUGUUAUGAAAAUAUCAAAUAUAUGGACAAUGAUUUAAUCCAAGCCAUUUGUAUCAACACCAAAAUAGAAUCAUUAACUUUAAUGUUUAACAGUUCUCCAAAUACACUAGGAUUAGAAGGUGAACCACAAAGUAAAUUAUGUAUAAUAAUGAUCAUAUUCAAACUAUUAACAGCAGUUCUUAUGCGUAACCAAACACUAAAAUCAUUAAAAAUAAUAGAUGUUUCAAAAGAGAUAAAAGAGUAUUUAAUUUCGUGCUCAACUGGGUAUGGUUGUCCUCAUUUUGGUUUCUGUAAACUAAAAGAGCAAAAGUUAUCCCAAUGCUUUAGACAAACAAACAUUAUUCAAUUUCAAUUCCCAUUCUAUAUGAAAAAAUAUUUAGAAAAGUAUUUAAUCCAUAAAAAACUAUAUUCAUUUAUUUUAAAAGAGAAUGAAUUAUCAUCAUUUUAA